UGAUAAAGAUAUGUGCGCAUGUUUGCUAAGUGAAUCCUAGGUCCCUAGGCCUAGCGAGUGAUGAGUUAUUUUUUCAGAAUACUACUAAUUGUUGGCCUUUUUGUUGAUAUCAUCAGUAACUAAAGAAAAUCCAAAUAUGCCACCAACAAUCCAAAGUGGUAAAAGACUGGACGCAGAUAGAAGACCACGAUCAUCUGGACCCCCAAAAUCUGAUUUGGUUUGUAGGCCAAAAUACACAAACAAUCUUCCAGACAUUCCCUUUGACCCAAAGUUCAUCACCUACCCGUUUGAGGCCAACAGAUUUGUUCAGUACAAUGCAACGUCGCUAGAACGAACAUUCAAGCAUGAACUUUUGGCAGAACAUGACCUUGGGGUCACAAUUGAUCUCAUCAAUCCAGACACAUACAGUAUUGAUCCAAAUGUAACAUUGGAUCCUGCUGACGAAAGACUCCUUGAGGAGGACAUAUCAACUCCUGGCGAUUCUAAACGGUCAAAACAACACAGUAAGAUGGUGUCAUGGUUGCGGAAAACAGAGUACAUAUCCAGUGAAUAUAACAGAUCUCAGCAUAGAAGUGAUAAGGUUGAAACCAAAGUUGCAUACAGUUUAAAAAAGCAAUUCACAGAAGAAGAUAUAUAUAAGGACAGAGAAAGUCAGCUACAAGCAAUUGAAAAAACAUUUAAUGAUGCCAAAAUACCUAUUAAUAAGCACUACAGCAAGCCACAUGUAUCACCUGUAGAAGUUAUGCCAAUAUACCCAGAUUUCAAGCUAUGGGCUAACCCCUGUGCACAGGUCAUCUUUGACUUUGAUCCAGCACCGAAAGGAAAAACAGUUGCUGUACAAGUUGAAGAAAUGUCACAGGCGAUGAUCAGAGGUAUGGUUGAUGAGAGUGGAGAUCAAUUUGUAGGAUACUUCUUACCUUCGGAGGAAACACUUAGGAAAAGGAAGCGAGAUACCGAGGAAGGGGUGGAAUAUUCUCCCGAUGAUGAGUAUGAGUAUAAGAUGGCUAGAGAAUACAAUUGGAACGUUAAAAACAAAACAAGCCGGGGCUACGAGGAGAACUAUUUCUUUGUAUUUCGAAAAGGAGAGGGUGUUUUCUACAAUGAACUAGAAACCAGGGUACGAUUAAGUAAAAGAAGAGCAAAAGAAACAGUUUCUUCCGGGUCAUCGGUUCUUGUUGUUAAACAUCGGGAGCAAUCGGAACAAGAGUUGGUAGCACAGAGUGCAAGGUUAACACAACUUGAUAACCAAGUGCAAGAAGAGGAGGAAGAAGAAGAGGAGGAGGAAGAAAUGGUAGAAGCAACAGCAGAGGAUGAAGAGAUGGAAGAUGCUGAGAAGGAAGAAGGAGAGGGAGAAGGGAGUGAUGACGAGAAUCAGAAUGAAGGGAAUGAACGAGUAUCGGGUGGGAGUGAUGAAGAAAAAGAGGAGAGUGGAGAAGAAGAUGCACAAAAUGCAGAGGAAAGUGACAAAGAGGAGAGUGAGAAUGAAGAAAAGGAAGCUAGCGAACACGAGGAGGAAGCUGGGGAGGAGGAUGAGGAGGACGAGAGGGAAAGGAGGGAAGAAAAAGACGAAGAAGAAAUCUUUGGAAGUGCAAGUGACAAGAGUGAUAAUGAAGCUGUGUCGAGCGAAGAAAGUGAUUAAUAUUUUUUUACGCUGUUUGUUGAUUCCAUAUGUGGUCUUAGCAUUUACACUUACAUGUGUGAUGAUCAUUAAGGAUUGGUGCAUAGAUACAUCAAACACUUUAAACAUCAUGCUUCUUCCAUGGAUGAGCAUUACAUUUUCAGCAUUGUGAGAUUUGAGAUUUUCAUGGGGUUUCACAACAAUGUGCGUAAUAGUUAUUACCAAUGGCAUAAUUCCAUAAGCUCCUAGGCAGAAAGCCCCGGUUCACCACUCCAGAAUGGCAGAGAGGAGAUCAAAUCCUAGCCAGAACCCAGUGUUAGUUGACUGUUUGAAUAUAAGUAAAACUAUUGAUGGCGCUUCAAAGAAUCUUCGACCAAUAACAAAUACCAAAAAAUAUCAAAUGAAUGAC